AUGCACGACGUUACCAAACCUUCCCUGGACCUCUCCGGGGCAAACGAGCUAGACAACGAUGAUCGCGUCAGGGUCCUAGCUAUCAUCGACCAGCUCCGGGAGUUGGGUAUCAAUGAGGAUAUUUCUCUCCCACAGCUCGUCGUUGUCGGAGACCAAUCGAGCGGAAAGUCAUCUCUCCUGGAAGGUUUGACCGGACUCUCCUUCCCUGUCGCAUCGGAACUAUGCACCAGAUUCGCAACGCAGAUUGUCCUCCGCCGUGCGCCUGCAUCGGAAGCAGCCGUUUCUGUCUCGAUUAUCCCGGGUCCUGCUGCCAAUGCCGACGAAGCGACCAAGAAGAAGCUGCUGGAGUUUGAAAGAACAAUGGAAGCGAAGGAUUUCGGGGCUGCGCAGUUUAGUGCCAUUCUGGAUGAGGCCGCGGAGUGCAUGGGUCUUCCCUCGACGCAGACGGCAGGAUUCGUUGAGCUCGACAAGCGUUUCUCAGAUGAUAUUCUGAAGAUCGAGCUGUCGGAUCCGGAACACAGUCACUUGAGUGUUGUGGAUGUUCCUGGUCUCUUUCAUAAUCCCACGAAGUUCCAAACCAUUGAGGACAGGAACGUCAUCCGCGGCUUGAUUCAAAGAUACAUCAUUGAUAAACGAACCAUUAUUAUGGCUGUCAUGGAUGCGCGAAACAACUUGGCCAACCAAGAAGUCUUCCAUAUGGCUCGCGCUGCUGAUCCGGAUGGUCUUCGUACCGUUGGUAUCAUCACCAAAUGUGACGCACUCCAGGCAGGUGAUGAGCAUGGUGUUCUCGAGAUCUUCCGCAACGAAAUGGUCCGGCUCAGCCAUGGUUGGUUCGCCGUGAGAAACCGCUCCACGAAAGAAAUCAAAGAAGGAGUCACCAUGGCCCAACGCCAUAUCAACGAAAAACAGUUCUUUAACACCGCACCGUGGGCCAACUUGCGCAAAGAUCGUGUCGGCAUCGGUCCGCUCAAGAGCUUCUUGGGCCAGGUUCUGUUUGACCACAUCCGCAACGAAUUCCCCGGCUUGGUGAACGAAGUCAGGAAUCUCACGAACGAGACCAAGAAAGAUCUGGAGAGCCUUGGCCCUUCUCGGCAGACCAGUGCGGACCAACGUCGAUACUUGAUUAGAAGCGCUGUGGACUACCAACGGGACGUGUCCAAUAUCCUCAGUGGCAUUUACUCGCCCAGGAUCGAGAGUGGAAGUCCGCGGAAGCUGAGAACUCGACUUCGGUUUUUGAUGGACGAAUUUUCUUCCCGGAUGGCCAAGGAAGGACACCGAUGGGCCUUCAAGCUUGUGGACGGGCGGACCGAUCCAGAAUACGCCAAAGAUGCUAACAAGGCAGAUGAAGAGAGUUAUAAAGAGGUUGAUUUACAGAGCCAUGGUAACAGCGAUAAUGCGAAUGAUAUUGAAGAAUGGAUUCGCUCCUCUUACAAUGAAUCUCGAGGAGUGGAGCUUCCUGGCACCGUCAACCCGCAUUUGCUUGAGAACCUGUUCCGUGAGCAAUGCGCAAGCUGGGGGGAUAUAGCAAUAGACUACCUGUCUAAGAUCGUCAAUGCUGUGAGCGCUUACGACGGAAGCGCGCUCAAAGAUUUCGUAACGGACAGCUCGGUUCGUCAGAAGCUGCAAACGCGGCUCAAGGCCAAACGACAAACUGCGGAAGAAGACAUGUUCGCUGAGCUCCGCAACAUCCUCGCUGAUGAGCUGAGCGGAACUUUGCAGACGGCUAAUCCUUCUUAUUCCGAUAUGCUGUCCACAAUUCGAAACGAACGCGUCCAGGCUCGUGUCGCCUCAAUGGGCAUUAAGGACGCCGACAGCAAUAACUUUGAUCAAUUCAUGACAAACGAGCACUGGUAUAACGAGCAGCAAGCGGUUAAUGACAUUCAUGAUAUUCUCGUGGCGUACUAUAAGGUAGCUCGCCAGCGGUUCGUGGACAAUGUCAUUAUCCAGGCCGGAGAAAGAUAUGUCGUUGGCGAAACGGGCCCUCUGAAGAUCUUUUCCCCCGAGUAUAUCAGUGGUUUUUCAAAUGAGGAGCUCUCUGAUAUUGCAGGUGAGAACUACUCCACUUCUGUUGCUAGGUCUGAGAUUACCUCGAGAGGCGAAAGGCUGCAGAGAGCGCUGGAGAUUGCCAGACGCGCGGGCAUUUAG